AUGGGGGAGGCAGAGGAGGUGUGGAGGAAGGAGACGGUCCCUCGCGUUAUGGUGAUAGUGAGCAUGAGUCUGCGUCAGAGGGAUGUCUUCUCCCUGCUGCUGGUGAGCCCCUGGUGCUACCGUUCGCUCCUGGCUCAGUCCACACUCUGGAAGGUAUCCCCCGCCCUCUGACGCCUGCCGCUCCCGUCUCGUUCCCAUUUUAAUUCGUUCUUGCUGUCGGUGCGUCCCUCUGGGAGAACCUUGAGAGUACUGGAUUGCAUAUUCAGCUUUUCGUUGCGAACGAUUUUUUCUCCAGCUCCAACGCGACGUUUUCGUGCAUUUUAAUCUGGAUCGUCAGCAGUGCUAAAUUCUGUCUAUUCCAACUGUGUCUUGUUGAAGCUUUACAUAUUCGGUGAGUGUUGCAUUCAAAAAUUUACCUGAAACAAGCAAGGAGAGCUUCUUAACGUCGACUUAGAGCUUGUAUGAAGUUUCUCCCACAGAGCCUGGAAGACGAAGCUUGGGGUUCUGCUGAUAUUUUUUUACAAUUAUCUAAGGUAGAAAUAUUCUCCGUGAAUAUAAUCCACCCUAUCAGUUUUACACCACAGUUAAAAUGAUACUACUGGCGCAGUUGACUCUGCCAAGUAGGUCCGAGUAAAUUUAUUGGACCUGCAUGGACUUGAAUUAACUCCGCUCGACGAUGGUCAUGCAUUUGAAAAAGGUCCUCAGUCUGGGGCGGGCCAUAAUUGGUUCAUUCGUUGGAUACUUGUGUUUAGUAAGCAUUGACAAAAAUAAGUAGAUCGUUAUAUCCAGGGUUAUGUUUUUUACUAAAAUUUUUGUCUAAUUUUCUGUGGAUAAUGGCUUGCCAAAAUAUUCAUAGGGAGUAAUUUAUGUUUAUUUUUUUACUUUUUUUAGUCAUGUUUUGCUUCUUAAAUAAUUAGAUGUACAAUUUAUGCCUAGAUAUGGAAUGAUGGUCUCCUGUCCUUCGAUUAAUACAUGUUUAAGUUAGAUUACUUGAUUCCCAGGUCUGUGAAGUGUUUGUUGUUUUUUUCAAGUAGCUUUGAUUAAUUCAUUAUGUGGGCCUUUAUCAUUGAAAAUCCCCGUUGGACAAAAUGGCCUUCUAUCCACCUUAAUCUAGAAAUUCCCUUUUUUGUUGCAGUUUCAGCUUAUAAGUAUUUCGGUGUGCUUCAUAGCAGUCCACUUUCUGUUCAUGGUCAUGGUUGAAUUCGGGCUUGUAUUUAACUACAUGACCUGAUUUUUGGUGGAAUUUUGUGUAAUUAAAUUUUAGCCCCUGAUCUUUUUUUAAUGAUUUGCCUUUUUAGGCUCUUGAUCUGCGAGAGAUGAACAAAGUUGGGGAGAAGCUUAUCUCGGCACUUUCACUGGUUAAUUCCAUGCAUCUUUCAUGUGAUAUGCUGUCUAGUUUUGUUUUUAUCCCUUUUUUUGUAUUUUUUCCCCUAGGUACUUUUAUCAUGUUUUUCCAUUGCUGCACACGACCAGCCCUGUUCUGCCAGUAAUGUCAUUAUAACACACGUCGGACUUUGUAUGGCAUUCAAUACUCUUUUAUGAAAAAUAGCUUCCAAAUGCCACCCACAAGCUAAAUCGCUUGAUAGUGGCAAUUCUAUGAAGGUCAGAUGCCCCUAUUAUAUAUUGUGCUUCCUAUAUUUUUCAUUUUUAACGACUAGUGUUCUCUUAGGUCGUGUGUUGUCCUGCUGCAUGCAUAUUAUGUCAUCAUUCACACAUCAAUAUUUAAUAAUAGACCGUAUGCCUCCAUGAUUUAAUAAUAUUCUAUUUUCAAAUAUUUUCAUGUGUUUCUAAACUUGAAUAUAUCUCGAUGAUGCAAAAGUUAUGUUGUUUUGCAUGUUUUCAUAAACGUUAGGUAACAUUUGUCCACGGAUCUAAGCGUUCUGUUGAUUUUUUAAGUUAGCUCAGGCCUUGCACUUUUGAAAUGGAAGGUUAUGAGAUCCUGCGACAGUCAAUAUGGAAGAUAGCUCAUGUGGCUUCACAGAAGCUCUAUCCUUAGUAACCUCAGUCAAGUAUUAGACACUAACUUCUCUUGUUAAGUUGUCGUCUGCAGCCAUGGCAGUUCUUAGUCAAAUUUCCAUCUAUUCCCAGGCGCGAUACUGUUCAUUAUUUGUUAACAUUUGGAUUCGUGUGAGUUGUCGAAGUAUUAUUGAUUCCAAAAUAAUGUCCUAUAGAUUCGACGCCCAUCAUCAAAUACAGUUGAUAUUGAAAAAAAUCGGCGUGAAGUCAUCCCGUAUCUUUUUUUGUUUGUGAAGCUCUCCUGAAUGGAAUUGUCUAUCCCAUUUAUAUUUCACUUGAUUUUUCUUCUGGUAGCACAUUAUCUCUAUAUUCAUUUUCACCGAGAUUCAGUGACUGAUAUCAUGCCACACAAAUAUCACCUAGUGAUCCUCCUCUGCCUCUAGCAGAUGCUAUUUCGUGUUGAGAAAUUAUUGUUUAUCGUUGGCAGUUGAGUUGUGUGGGAAUGGUUUGACUUAAGGCUCAACUGUGAGGCGGCAGGCAUGUGCAUGUUGACAUGGAUUCCUUAAAAUUGAGUCAUGACUUCAUGUGUACAUAGUAUGUUACUGUGUAUCAAAUAACUUUGGAAGAUAGAUGACUGUUUAUCUCUCAUACUAGUGUUGCUGUUUAUUGACUUUCAUCAACAGAAGUUCACUUGCUGAUUACUUGGCGAUUAUAUUUUUGAUAAAAAAGUGUGAGUGAAUUAUUUCAUUUCAUUUCAUGUCUCAGAUAUGACUACAAAAUGAGACACGGUUCUGUGCUUAUAGUAGAGUACUACUGUUAUUUGACACUAUGGUAAAUUCGGGUUGCUGAUUUAAGUCAUAUUUAUGUUGUGAAACUUCUGCUGACUAGUGUAAAUUUUGAAAUCUUGUCCUUACCCCCUUCUUGCUCCCUCAGUUUUGAAUAAAUUUUGGACUUAUUUUAAUAUAUCAUGCACCUUAUUCGAAGUAGACUUUAUGAUAAUGACUACACUUGAUAUCCUUGAUUUUCUUAUCCAUUUUUUAGCUAGUAUUUCUAUGCAUAAUUUAUUCUUUGACACUUUUAAAAAUAAAAAUUAUAUGAAUAAAUUUAUUUCCUGCUUCUUCUCUUACCAGCCCAGGUACUGUGGUAUUAAGGACAUAAACCUUGAAUUUGCGCAAGAUAUUGGAGAUGGACAUCUUGUUCAUGUCACAACCAAGGUAACGUCUAGAAAAAAGUUCUUCACUGCUCUGCUCUAUUGGAAGGUGACUUAUAUUUUCAUAAAUUAUUUUUGUUUAAGAAACAAUAUUUUUAUAGAUUUUUUUUUAACUUAUUUUAUUGAAUUGUGCAAUAAAGAAAGAUGAGAUAUUUUUGGCUUGUAUUUAUGAUUUCUGUCGCUCGUCUAGUUCAUUUCUAUGAUUGUUGUUGCUUUCCAUACAGUUUCAUAGAUAUGUGUUGUGAGAAUUUUUGAGUGACAUAAUCUCUUGGGGAAAGUUAUCACCUCUUCUCUCUGUGGGUUUUUGCCGUUAAUGCAUCGCAUAGGCCACUGGUAAGCCAAAGCCCAACUUUAAGUCGUGUGCAUAAUUGAAGGAUAGUGACUGGAGUAAGCGAACUACAUAGUAUUACUAAUCUAGAAAUUAUGUGAGAUCAUACAUAUCAAGCGCUGAAAAUUCAAUGGAUUUUAACAAGGUUGACAUCUACUCUCAUCACAUAUUCAGUCAUCCCGCUAGGAAUAAAGUUUCAGUUCUUGAGAUGGGUACAUACUUACCGGGCUUCAAAGGGCUAACUGAGUCACAUAUUAAGAACUAGGACAUUUUUCUUAGAAUCCUCCAAUGAAUUACACUGUGGAAUUGAUAAAUUUUUUAUAUAACCAAACAGCUGAUGAAGAUAUCACCUGGUGCGAGAAAGCACAUGACCACAUCAUGACGCAUUCAAUUUGCAUAUUGGCUGGUGGUAACUUGUGAUAAGGCACGAUUGAGCCUUUUUAUCAUUUGCCUAUGAAUAUAUUAAGGGAAUUUUCACAUUUAAAUACUCUUUUUGUAUCAAUACGCAAAAUCCUAAAGUUCAAUGGAGGACUGACUUCAUGAGCAUUGCAAAUUGCCUUAGUCGUGUAUAAGAUAAUUUCCUGAAGAGCCUCCAAAUGUAGGCAUCUUAUAGCUUAGUCCAGGAGACUGGCAAUAAGUUUGAUUAGUGUGUCCCCUCCACCCCUUUUGGCAUUAUUAAUGGAUUUAACUUUCUUCAUUGCCAGUCUAAUCAUAUUCCAAUCUUAGCCAAUAACUUAAGAGUUACCUGGAAAAUGUUUAUCAUUCUCGCAAAGAUUCCUGACUUUUUCUCUUUGUUUACUGUCAUGGAAAUCAUAUUUUGUAAAACUCAUAUGACAGUUUUCCGGGUCUCUUCAAUGCUUGGAGUAUUUGAACCUGAAUGGUUGCCAGAGGAUAACUGACGCAGGAGUUCAGGCUGUAGCUUAUGCUUGCCCGAAGCUCAAGGCUUUCUCCAUCUACUGGAAUGUCAGGUGCUUUUAUUCUUCUUUGAUGCUGGGCUUUAGGGACACAAUGAUCUUCGUCCUGAGAUGGCAUUCUAUCUUCUCAGGAUUACGGAUACGAGUGUAAAGCACCUGGUUAAGUUCUGCAAAGAUAUAACUACCUUGAACUUGAGUGGCUGUAAGGUGCGCUAUUUGAUUUGUGACAUAGAUUUUCCUCUACUUAUCGAUAGGUUUCAUGUGAUUUUAUCAAACUGGCACAAAAGACAGAUUAUUUACCCAGGUGUCAUGUGAUGUUUUUGAGGUAUUCGUUUUGUUCUCUAAUGAUGCUAUGGGAAAAAUCGAAUGCAGAAUAUUUCAGACCAAAGUUUGUAUCUGAUUGCAGAGAAUUUCAAAGCAUUGGACGAGCUGAAUUUAACUAGGUAUGCAAAGUGUGAAUUCUCGUAUUGGAUGCUGAUAUUUAAAUGAUACACUUGGAUAUGAUCUCGUCUAUCAAAUGAUUGGUAUAUGUAACUACCUUGUCUUGCAUGUUUGCUGUUGAAUUUCGUUUCGUGUGCGCCUUAUAUGAUGCAGAAUUUUAUUUUAUUUUAUUUUAUUUUAUAACAAGAAAAAAUAUGCAUGUUUUAGUUUUGUCCAUAACGUCCGGGUACUCUUCCUUGGUUUGCAAACUCAUCCUUGUAGAGAGAACACAGCCGUUCUUCUGUGUAUUAAACUUCACUUUUCGCUAGUUGAUGCAGUACUCUAAAUGCAAAUUUUACCCACAAGAAAAUUCUAUUCAGGCGACCGAGAUUAAUACCCACAGAUAUAUCUCAAAUAAACUGAAGAAUCGCUGUUCAUGAUUUGGUCUAUCUGACUUGAUGUGCUACAAGAACAUUCAUUAUAUUUUUUACGAUCAAAGUUUAGGUGUACAUCAAACUUUCAUUGUAGAUAGGACCCACAAUCUCUCAUUUUUACGCAGAUAAUUUAGUAAAUUAGUGACGGGUAUGCCUCAGUGAUUUGCCCUUUCAUGUCUAAGUAUAAUAGAACGAAAGUACAGAGAAAGAUCAUGAAGAUUACGUCGAAAACCUGCUGAAUUUACGCAAGGCCUUGUAUACUGAUCCAUUUCCAAGAAAGAAAGCUUUGUUUUUCUCUUCUGUUUGCCGUUGAAACCGGACAUUACCUCUCGACUCAUGAAACCUUCUCUCUUUCCCCCUAGUGUGAUGUUCUCCGUCAACUUUCAACGAUUCGUUUUUCCCAUUUCAUGCACAAAAUUCGUUCUCCCUGGAUGCCCAUUCGGUCAUCAGAGAUCCUGCCAACUCGAGAUCCCAGAGGCAAAAGAGCAAAAAUAACUCAGUGGUGUGACCAAUGCCCGCGCUCGGCAUUCCUCCGUCCGCCAUUCAUUUCAUAUUUCUCCUUGUACUUUGUUACCAGCCCUUAUGGUUUGUGAGAGUCUCUCUUUUCACUUAGAAGCUGAUGGCAUUCAGCUUCCAUCUAUCUGGGAAGGCCAUAGAUAAAAUUCUCAGGCCCCACUUAGAGGAAUCUGAUUUUUCUCACAUCACUAGGCCACUGCAACAUGCCAAUUGUGGCACUAAUCUUCUCAGUGAUGAGCAUAAAGCAAGUAUGAGAUUUUCCGGAUAAAGUGAUAACUGCAACCUGAUCUCAUUUUCUUUCUCAGGUGCAUCAAACUAACUGAUGUGGGUCUUCGCCGGAUACUUGUCAACUGUCUGCAUCUCCGAAGCUUAAACCUGUAUGCCCUUUCAAGGUAUCCAUCCAUUGUUGGUUCUUGUUCCAGUUUCUUUGAACACAGUUGCGUUGUUGAUCUUGGGCAGAGAUAUUUUCUUGCAGUUUCACAGAUAACGCUUACAGAGAACUCUCCUCCUUAAAGCAUCUGAGAUUCUUAGACCUCUGCGGCGCACAGGUGCCCUCUUUGACCACCCUUGAAUCAUCUUGCAAACUAGUCUACUUUCUAGAGCGUUCUGAUGAUAUGUGGAAACGUCAAACCCACCCAGAACCUGACUGAUGGGGGCCUCUCUCACAUAUCGGCAUGCAAGGAUCUGAUCUCUCUGAAUCUGACGUGGUGAGACACAGCUGGUGCAUUAUUUUCUUAAAUGAAUUGUUGCUAUCUUCACAGUGGUUCAUUCUCAGGUGCGUGCUUGUAACUGAUGUGGGGAUGGUGGCCAUUGCUGAAGGCUGCAGGUCUCUUGAACUCCUCAGGUCAACGGAAACCCAUGAACAGACAGUGAAAAUGAUUUCUAAAGAUCAUAUUAAAUGAGAGCAAAGUUUUCAUUAAUGAUAGAAGCAAUUAAAUACCCCAAGUGCAUGACGAUGCUUUCUCCACGGCUGCAGCUUGUUUGGGAUUGUUGGGGUGACCGACAACUGUCUGGAGAACCUGUCUGUCUCCUGCUCAAGAACACUCACAACGCUGGAUGUCAACGGUUGUGUGGGCAUUAAGGUACACCCCUCCCAAUCCUUCCCUUCUUUGAAACUUUUUAUCUCUCUAGACUGCUUAUUCUCUGUCUCUCAGAGGAGGACUCGUGGAGAGCUGCUUCGGCUCUUCCCAAAUCUGCUGUGCCUCAAAGUCCACAGCUGA